UGGAGGAGCAUGGACACUAAAAAGGAUUUAUGGGAUUAUACCAAGGUUUGUAGUUUACAAUAAUAAAUUAUUUGUAAAAGUAUUUUACUUCUAUUGGCUAAUUGAAUGACACAAAAUUAUAGGGAAAAUAUAUUAUUUCUGAAGCUGCGUACCAUUGAGCUAUGGUAACAAUUCAAGAUGCUUGGAGAAGACAUAGAAGUGAUUUGAAGCUUAAUUAUUACGAUCCAUAUGACAAUGAUGCAGUUCGAAUGGCAAAAAAGCCUGGUCAUAUUCCAGAAUGUCAAUUUAAAGAGCUCCUCAAAUAUUGGAAUUCUGAAAAAUUCAAGAAAAUGUCUGAAACAAAUGCAAAGAAUCGAAAAAAACUGAUGAAUCCACACACUGCUGGCAAAAAGAGUUUCGCUUUAGUUCGUAAUAAGCUGGAGAAAGAUAAGGAGACAGUAUCAUCUAAGGAUCUCUUUGUGGUUACAAGAACAAAAAAACCUGGUCGUUUGUACAAGGCCUCAAAUGAAGAUACUACUAGUAAAAUUGUAUGUGCCUGUCUAUUUUUUUAUUGAGAUCAAUUAUUUAUUUCAUAAGAUUGUGUUUGUUGGAUAUGCUUUGGUAGGCUGAAAUGGAGGAGAUUGAAAAACAAAUAAGCAUAAAUGGUGAGUAUGUUGAUGCAUUUUCAAGCGUCAUGGGUCCUAAACAUCCGGGACGUCUAAGACUAUAUGGCGCAGGAGUUACAAAGACUACUUUGAAAAAAAAAGUUGGCAAUUCGGAAUCAACUUUAAGUGCAACAACUGAUGGAAUGCAGCAAAAGCAAGAGAGGAUGCAGAAAAUGGAGAAACAGAUGGAGGAACAAAAGAAAAUUGUGCGACAA